GAUCAAAUUUACAUUUAUAGUUUGAUGGUUGCUUCACACACAGAGAGAUUCAUUUACAUUCACUUGCAAACACUUCUCAGAACAGGCUGUUCUCACAGAGCUUGCAAACACAGAUCCUAGUUGUUCUUUUGCAAUUGCAUGUAUUUUUGCCAUUAAGUUCCACUCUUGGUUACGUAACACAUGUCAGUUUGUGUGAGUAUGAUAGAUUAUCCCCCGGUGGGCCUCUCCAGCUCUGCCACCAGUCACAUUUUAUGGAUUUCUUUCUAUGUUACUCAACACUUGGGAAAAGAGUGCAGGACUUAAACUGGAGACAGCACAGCUGUAUGAACUUAUUGACUGGAGAGCUGCCGCCCAUUUGUAAACAACACAUCUAAACAAUAUUCCAAACAUUGUGAAUCCUCUGCGUUGGUGGUUAAAGCAGAAACAUUGUGAGAGGAGAAACUUUGAAAAACGAAGCACAAAAAGAAGCUGUCGUCAAAUCAAAUUAAUGAUGGUUUUGAAAAAGCUUCUGCGUUUCGGGAAACAGCUGCUGAGAGUGAAGGUUGUCGACUGCAACUCGGAGGAAUCGCGACUCUCCCGAUGUCUGAACACCUUCGACCUGGUGGCUCUUGGUGUGGGCAGCACCUUGGGUGCUGGGGUGUAUGUCCUCGCUGGAGCGGUUGCCCGGGAAAAUGCCGGUCCGGCCAUCGUGCUGUCGUUCCUCAUCGCAGCCCUGGCCUCAGUGCUCGCGGGCCUCUGUUAUGCAGAGUUUGGGGCAAGAGUGCCAAAAACAGGCUCAGCAUACCUGUACAGCUAUGUGACUGUAGGGGAGUUAUGGGCCUUUAUAACUGGCUGGAACCUUAUACUUUCAUACGUUAUAGGUACAUCAAGUGUUGCCAGAGCUUGGAGUGCCACAUUUGAUGAGCUGAUUGGAAAACAAAUUGAACAUUUUUGUCGACAGUACAUGUCUAUGAAUGCUCCGGGCAUUCUGGCGGAGUACCCAGAUAUGUUUUCCGUACUCAUCAUCCUCACUCUCACAGGCCUUCUGGCCUUCGGGGUGAAAGAGUCAGCCAUGGUCACCAAAGUGUUCACCUGCAUCAACAUCCUGGUGCUGUUGUUCAUGGUUGUAUCUGGACUGGUCAAAGGUACACUGAAGAACUGGCAACUGGACCCUGAUGAGAUUCUUAACGGUACCAAUUCCACAAUUAAUGCCACACAGCCCCUGCCAACAGAAGAGAUUCUGGGUGAAGGUGGUUUCAUGCCUUUCGGCUUCACAGGGGUCUUAUCAGGGGCCGCUACCUGCUUUUAUGCCUUUGUUGGGUUCGACUGUAUCGCAACUACAGGUGAGGAGGUAAAGAACCCCCAGAGAGCCAUUCCCAUCGGCAUCGUCUCCUCCCUCCUUAUCUGUUUUGUAGCGUACUUUUGUGUAUCGGCCGCCCUCACCUUGAUGAUGCCGUAUUACAUGCUGGAUAAGAACAGCCCUCUUCCCGUGGCCUUUAAGUAUGUUGGCUGGGAAGGAGCCACGUACGCUGUGGCGGUAGGCUCCCUUUGCGCCCUGUCCACCAGCCUGCUUGGCGCCAUGUUCCCCAUGCCCCGUGUCAUCUGGGCCAUGGCUGACGAUGGCCUGCUCUUCAAAUUCAUGACUGGGAUCAACGAGAGAACAAAAACUCCCAUGCGCGCCACUAUAACAGCAGGCUUUGUCGCAGCUAUUAUGGCUUUCCUGUUUGACCUGAAGGACCUGGUUGAUCUGAUGUCUAUAGGAACUCUUUUGGCCUACACACUGGUCGCUGCUUGUGUUCUAGUACUAAGGUACCAGCCUGAGCAGUUUUCUCAAACAUAUCAUAUAGCCAACACACAGGAAGAGAUCGAAAUGAGUGAGACCAUAAGUACGCCCAGCAUGGGGAUUCUUCCUGGCAUAGAAGAGCGUUUCAGCUUCAAAACGCUGAUUUUCCCCAACAUCACUGAACCCUCCAACCUUUCAGGCUUCACCGUUAACGUCUGUACGAGUCUGCUUGGUCUGCUGAUCUUCAGCUUCAGUCUGAUGGCUGUCCAGGGUGGAAGUGCGAUGUGGAAUAUUGUCGCUCUCAGUGUCUUGUUCAGCAUCUGUGUCAUUGUCACGUUUAUCAUCUGGAGACAACCAGAGAGUAAAACCAAGCUCUCUUUUAAGGUUCCUUUACUUCCAUUCAUCCCGGUGGUCAGCAUGUUUGUCAAUGUGUACCUGAUGAUGCAGCUGGACAGGGGUACCUGGGUCCGAUUCGCCAUCUGGAUGUCUAUAGGACUCAUAAUCUACUUUGGCUAUGGAAUCUGGCACAGUACUGAAGCCGUACUGGCCCAUUCCAGUAUGGACGAGGAACUGAGUGUGUACAAACCCACCCGCAGCCUAAACAGGGACAGUGUGACCCCAGAAAAGGAGGCUUUCCUCUGUAACGGAUCACGGGGUGAUGAGGACGGAGAUCUCUAAUAUGGAACAGUGUUACAUUAUUUACUCAAACUUUACAUGACAGCACACUGCCGGGAGGUUGUGAGGAGCACAGGCCGUUGAAAUCGAAUCAGAUGGAGCUCUGUGACCCAUUUAACAAUGUCACUUCCUUGUCAAGAAGUCUAAGAGCUUUAAGUGCGCACUACAUGGGUGGAAGUAUUUGAGUAUUCUCACAACUCAAGGGUUUCGUUUCCUACUUCAGAAAUCUUGAAGAAACCAAAACAGGCAGAGGACCUUUUACUGGGUGGUUGUAGAAUAAAAAAUAACAUAGGUAUCUGUGAGCUGCAGUAUUUCAUGUUGACAGCUGCUUUUAUUGAAUGAUCUAACUGAACUUGUGCCUUUUGUCUUACUAUUGCAAUUGAAACGAAAUCAGAGUUACUCGAUCUAAAUCUUAGAUGUCAGUGUUUAGGGUUUUACGUAUCUGAACAUGCCUUUACAAAGCAAGAAAUCAAAUCAUGCUUGGCUUUUCUGCUGAAUUUGUAGAAACCUUUUCUGGCUGGUUUGAACUGCCCGGAUCCAGAAUUUGUGGGUUUUUGCUGGUCCACCUAGAUUAGACCUUCAGGUAGUACUGCCUCCUGGUGGUGUGGGAGGGCAGUCACCAGGGUUAGUUGCUUUUAUCUGUCACAGUGCUGGCUACUGUGUCUAUGCAGAUGGAGUCUGCCUCUUCGCUCGUGUCUUAGGCUGCUUUCACACUUGGCGCGUUGUUUCUGAACCUGGCGCGUUUCCCCCUUAGCUCGGUUCUUUUGGGCAUAUGUAAACACGGCUUAUUUCUCCAAAACUAACUCUGGAGCGGUUCAGUUGUAGCGAGAAAGGAAUUCUAUCCAACGGACCAAUGAGGCAGUCUAUAUCACAAUGUAUAAUGGGUAAUUAUACAAGUUCAGUGAAAAACAGUAGACGAUGUCUGCGGGUGAGCACGUCUUCGCCAUUCAGAAUCAAAGCGCGCCUUUUCAUUUUAUACUCUUCGUAGUAGGUGCAUUUUAACAAUGUUUUUUCGACGAAUCCUGGACUCCUGCUCAAAUUUAUAAAUGAAUAUAAUGACAGCUAUAAAAUAAAUAAAUAAAUAAAAAUUACAAAAAACAUCAAUAAGCCCUCAAAGCUGGUUCCAUCUUAACGGAUGACAGCUGUGGUGGAACGUUGACCAAUGAGAGGACAGUUUACUCGCACGUGACUUGUAUUAACAAUUUUGGUCCGUUUAUAAACUUUGCCGUGUGAAAGUGAACCGCACCAAGUAUAAAAAGCAACAUUGUAAUAAUUUGAAUCCCUGUUUCGGAACAAAACAAUCGAUCUACAGGUGUGAAAACACCCUUACUGUUGCAUAAGCAGGCGUUUUUUUAGGAUAUUUGAAGAGAAGUUGAUAAAUAGGGUUAUGUUUAGGUCAUUUAAGGUGUUGUUUAGACAUGAAUCAUUGUGAUACACCAUUGUGUUUAUGUCAGUCAAAAUAUUUUACCAAUUAAAAAAUUAGUCUAAACAGUUUUGAAAUCAUUUCUAGGUAAAAAUUCUAAUAAUAUAAAAAGAGUAAAAGACCUUCCUUAUUCUCACCAAGGCUUCAUUUAUUUAAUAAAGCAAAACAGUAAUACUGUGACAUUAUUACAAUUUAAAAUAACUGUUUCUAU